AUGUUUUUGAAAACAGCUACAAGUCUUCUGAAUAGUAAUCGUUCCCGUGCCACAUACUACCAGCAGAAUCGGCGAUUCCCACCUGCUUAUGUUCGGCGGUUUCUACUCCGUUAUCCCAGUGCUCAUCUGUAUCUCGUUUUUGGUCUUUGCUCUUCAGCAAUGGUUGCUCCCGUUUUACACUCGUGUUAUUUAUACAUGACAAUGUCGAAAAACGAGUUUGAACAGUAUCGAGUGGAACAGAAUGCCGUGGUUUUGGAAAGACAGAAAUUCGGAAAGGGACUUUGGUUUCCAUUCAUGUCGAAAGAAGAGCCGAAACCAACGGAGCCAGCAGCUCAAUGA